AUGUCGACUGCAAAGCCUAUCUCGGAUCCAGUAGCGGCGAAGAAACCAAGCAAGGACCACCCGUGGUGGAUAGAGGUCCGACAUAGCCUCGAGACCUACAGUAAGAUCCCUCCGGAAGAAGUAUCAAAGCACAUCUACACCAUAGUACGUGAAUCCAUCUUCCCAUGUUACAUCUUUCUGAGGCCAUUGCAGCGCGAAAAAGCAUGGAACAUUCGUCCGUACCCCUGCACUGGCAUUGGCGCCUUCCUGCUACCUAGCAUAUCUCGACAUCCCGCCUACCCUUCCAUCCUCUCACGUCUCAAAUCCGGUGACAAGCUUCUCGACGUCGGAUGCUACGUAGGCCAAGAUCUUCGACGCCUUGCGCUCGACGGUUCACCUACUGACGGUCUUUACGGAGUCGAUAUCGUCAAUCACUGGGACCUCGGAUACGAGUUUUUCAACGACAAAGAUCGUUUCCUGGCCUCUUACAUUGAGUCUGACAUUUUGUUUCCCAAUGAAGCGCUGGGUAACCUAAAUGGCCAAAUGGACGUCAUCUUCAUCGUGCAUGUUCUGCAUCAGUGGGAUUGGGAGACGCAGAUUCUGGCGUGCAAAGAGCUGGUGAAGCUGUCGAAGCCGGAAGCUGGCAGUCUGAUAGUGGGGUAUCAGGGUGCGACGAAAGACAUUGUGGCAAGGACGAAAUGGAAUAAGGAGAACAACCAGAACGAAUUCACGCUGCAUGACGCAGAGACUUUUAGGCGCAUGUGGGAUGUCGUGGGAAAUCAGACAGGGACGAAAUGGAAAACGGAAGCGGAGAUUGUGCCGGAAAAUGAGUUGGAGUUUCGGCCGCAGGAUACGAGUUAUCUUGGGCCUGAUUUCGGACUGUUGCGCUUCCUCGUGACAAGGAUUGUUUGA